UAACCGUUCGAGGUCCGGCAAACGCGUGCUGUGGCCAGUCACAUAGAUGUCCAAUAGUCGUCACGUCAACAUGGCGCGCCGUCCCGAGACCGUGCAAUUUUUGGCUGUCAUCGUGAUCGUAGUACAACAUUUCACUCAUUUGGUCGAAUGCGAAGACAAAAGGAUCGUAAUUUUCAUGCCCCGUCGGAUCAAGACGGUGCACCACCACCAUCACCACGUGGUACUGAUGGAUCCAAAGACGAAAACGAUGACGCACGCAAAACCGUACUCGGAUAAGUCGUCGUCGUCGAUCACGUCCUCGUCGGCCGAGUUAGACUACCAGCAGCAACGGGACCGCCAUCGUCAUUAUCAACGCCAACGACAGCAGCAGCAGCAGCAAUCCGAGGAAGCCGAAAGUCAUCCUCUGUCGUACUUCCAACAGCGGACAACCGUGAGGACCAGCGACCCGAACACAUCGCAGUAUCCGGUAUCGCAACUUCAACCUUCAGCGAUGCACUUACAGCCGUUGCAGACGUACCCAAAUUGGCCGCUUAGGCAGAAGAGGUCCAAAGUCAUAGCCAGACUGCUGUACACCCAUGAUGAUUGAAUCAGUUUUUUUAAAUUAUAGUUAUUUUCCACACUCACCAUCUGUUUCAUCUAAUGCACAUCGACGUCUACUGCAUUUAAUUUCAAAUUUUCACGGUCGUACACCAUAAUAAUAUUAUUGUAUUAUUCCUUCAGCGUACAAUGUACAUAGCGUAUAUAUAGGUUGGGGCUGCUAUAGCUCCCUCAAAUCAUUUACGAAUAUUAUAUUAUAAUUUAUAUUCUAGAGAAAAAAUGAUUCAUAAUAUAAAACUCCAUAAUAGUAUUAUUUUGAUUUUAAAUGGUUUCUUCCGAAAACUCUGUUAUAUCUGUCUUCACAACAUUCAAAGGUGGGCAAGUUAAUGAAAAUAAUUAAGUUAAGUU